AUGGCUGACCGCGCUUCUCCGCGCUUUUUACAAUCAAAGCGUUCUCCAAGUCCUUUUACCUUCUUCUUCUCUCCUUCACAAACACUCAAAGGUCAGCCGUUGAUAGGCCUUGCCCCCGAUCACCAUGCACAUUCCCACUGCCUAUGGACAGCAAGCAGGUCCUUAGUCAUUUGCUCCCACAUUCCCUCUGGUACAGUAGUUUCUAUGGACCAACAAAACCACGGCACGUCGCUAUCACGGUUUGGUUCAAGUUUCAGUAGGGCAUCACAACUAUUUGUGCGAUGCUGGGGAAUGUCAACGAUCACACGGUGCCGGGGUGCCAUCUUUUUGACUGCACAUCAACGUCAUCCCCUGCUCCUUCCAGUGUGCAGUGGCCGACGCACUUUGGAUGUUUAUAUGCUUGUAGUCUACAUUUACGUUGGCAUGUACAGUAGCACUGCUGCAUACAUUUCGGAUAUUUUUCGGCAUUUUUGGCCUGACACUGGCAAAAAAUGUCAGAAUUGGAAUGUUUGGCGGUGUAUGUGGCGAAAUGUGUGGCGAAAUGUUUGGCGGCUACAUCGGUCCAAACACCGUCAUCUAUAUCUUCACGAACUGUUUCACACUCCUUCCACCACCAUGAAUCCAGUCAUUCCCAACAUCAACGGCCCAAAUUCCUGUCCCGCAUGUCAUUGCGCUCUCAAAGUCAAGCUUGCGGCAGGUGGUAAUUUCCCUGGCCAGUAUUACAUACGGUGCCAUGCCCACCACUACCACUACACCUUUAUGCCAGGUGUUGCGCCCGAUGCCGUUUCAGCGCCCACCUCUCGUUCCUCUACAACCACCUCAUCAGUCAAGGCCUCGUCCAAGUGCAGUGAAAGCAAAUGCCACAGGGUUGCAAACUCGGUCUGCAUCCGGCUCAUGUGCAAGAAAUGCUGCGUCGUGCACACAGGUUGCAGUAUCCACACGGUCACUACGGUGGUUGCCAAUAAGCAGAAAGGGAAACAACCACAGGUGUCCGCAGCCACGUCUUCCUCCUCAGUUCACCAUCCCCCUCCCACGCGAUCGCUUUCUCCUGGGGAGGAGCUCCAGAUUGCGAUUGCGAACAUGGACCCCACUGUCCAGUUCAUGCGUUCUGUGGAGGCUUCAACACGGGAGGCCGAACUUGCUUGUGCACAGGAGCUUGCGGACGAAGCCAAGGAAGAGGCUGAUUAUCAGGCAGCCCUUGCGGCUUCUCUUGGUCACUCUCCACCACACAACGACACUCAUUCCUCUCCUUCAGACUUUGCCUCCACCUCACGCAUUACCUCCUCGCACUUUGCCUCCUCCUUGCAUAUCACCUCCUCCUCGCAUGUUGCCUCUUCCUCACAUGUUGCCUCCUCACAUUCUGGCCCAUUGUCCCUGGUUCAUUUUACACCCUCUCCUCCAGCACCACCCCCCAGCGCUAGCGCCAAGGCUCCAAAGCACACAACCCAUCUUCGUUCUGAAUGGAUGCAGGGUUACGAAGACAAGACGUCGCAACCAUUGAAGAAGUGA